AUGGCGACAAGACAACACGCCUCCAAGCGCUCUGCGCAAAAUUCUAAUAUUUCGAACCCAUGUACGCCAAAUAAAACAGUGAAAACCAAGAAUAAAAAAUCUAACACGCCUGAAUCAAAAACAAAAGAAGAACAAGAAGGUCAAAGCAAUGAAAUGAGUGAAAUUCACGAUAUGUUCGCUAUGAUGAUGAAGAAACUGGAGAAGCUUGACAGCAUUGAAACGAAGCUUAAAAAUAUGGAGAUAAAUAUGGCUGAAAUUAAAGAGUCCUUAGAGUACGCGCACGCUGAAAUCGCGGACUUAAAGAAAGAAAAUGAAUACAGCAAAGAAAAUCAAGCACAAGCCAGGGAAAAAAUUGAAAUUUUAGAACGCGAUAAUAAGACAUUGCGCGAUAAAAUAAUUGACAUUCAAGCUAGAUCAAUGCGCGACAAUUUACUUUUCUUUAACAUGCCUGAAUCGGAAAAGGAAAAUACUACUGAAAUGAUUCACGAACUAUUGGAAUCAAAGAUAGGAAUAACCGACGCGCGCAAUACAGUAAAGAUUGAUCGAUCACACAUAAUUGGCAGAAAGAGAGACGGAGAUCGAAAACCAAGACCAAUAGUGGUAAAAUUCAAUUAUCAUCAAGACCGGGAAUUUGUGCGACUCAAUGCAAAAGAGCUGAGAGGAACAAGAAUAGGAAUAUCCGAGCAGUUUCCCGAAGAAAUUGAAAACAUCCGUAAAACCUUAUAUCCCGAACUAAAGAAAGCGAAAUUAGAAGGUAAAAGAGCAAAAAUUGUUCGAGAUAAACUCAUUAUUGAAGGUCAAGUUUUUAAUAGAUAUAAUAGUAGAUAUUGA